GGGCGCUAUCCUGCAGAGGAGCUCAAGUGUCAGAGAAAGAGACGGACGUAACAGAAGACUGCACUCGCCUUUCCUCCGGCUGGGCGGAUGACUCAGCUGUUUGUGUGCAGAGCCUUGAAACGCAGGACGAACACGCAUCUAAGUAGUUUUUGAAGCACAAAAAGGCUCUGCAUUCUCCGUUUAAGCUGUAAUCAUGGGCAAAAACCUGCUGAAGAAUCCCAGUGGGGAAGAGCAGCUGGAAUUCUGGGAGCUGACGGAGAAUGGCGGGAGUCAGUGGAAGGUGGAGGACAUGCCGGGAGACUGCGGCUUCGACUUCUGCUUGGACGGAAUGACCGCAUACUUCGCUACUUCCUUUGAGCUGUGUCUGAAGAGACAGGUGAUCAACUUGUUAGCGGAGGAAUACGCCACCGAACAGCUGGACGCUCAGCCGGCCGUCACAGUGGAAGACUGGUACUGCGGGAGGACGGAUUGUGGCUGCACCUACCAAAUGACCGUGUGUCUGCUAGAUGAGAACCAAGAGGUCAUACAGGAGUUCAAAAAUGAGCCGGUGACUCUCGACCCCGACUCUGACGACUGCUCGUGGAAACAGGUCAGCCAUACAUUUACUGACUACGGCCCUGGAUUGCGUUUCAUCUCCUUUGAACAUGGAGGACAAGACACCAAGUACUGGGACGGCUGGUUCGGAGUCCGAGUCACCGGGAGCUCUGUUACAGUCCAGGUCUGAACGAGAGUAAAAAGAGAGAGAGGGGAGGGGAACCAAGUAGUUGAAGGUGGAGAACUAGAGUAAUAUAGAGACUCCAGGGUGGAGUGUAGGUUUCCAGGUUCCAAGAGGACCAGCUUCGCCUUGUGCACCUAGCUAACACCUGUGUUUAUAAUGCAUAACGCUGUUCAUGCUGUGGAAACAUAAUGCUGAUAUGAAGACUGUACUGAGAAAGAAAAUGGAAGCAAGGCAGCUGUACUAACUUCAAAAUAUUAAAAUGACUGCUUGCAACACAGAUAUGAUCUGAUAAUUACUACCUCUGCACGGUGACUUUCCCCAGUGUUAAACUAAAUCCUGUGUUUGGUUGGGUGGAGGUGGUGUAACACUAAAAUAGGAAUUAAAAUGAUGAAAUAAAUC